AUGAACAAGAAGAAGAAUGAUGAGGUGAUGAACAAGAGGAAGAAUGAUGAGGAGAUGAAGAAGAGGAAGCAAGAUGAUGUUGUUGAGAUUAAGAGAAAGAAGAAUGAGAGGAAGGAGAGGCUGACAAAGUUGGCAAAGAAGAGGAAGGCUGAUGAGUUGGCCAUUAAAAGGAAGGCGGAUGAGAAUAAAAGGAAGGCGAAUGAGUUGGCCAAGAAGAGGGAAUUGGCCAAGAAGAGGAAGGCGACCAAGGACGAGGAAGAGGAAAAGGAGGAGGAGGAGGAGAAUGAAGAGGAGAAUGAGGAGGAGGACAAGGAGGACGAGGAUGACGAGGAGGAAGAGGAGGACGAGGAGGACGAGGAGAAUGACGAGGAGGACGAGGAGAUAAAUGCAAUAUGUUACCUAAUGAAACGAAGGGUUGCAGUGUUCCCUAAAACAUAUCCAAUGAAUUUCUCAAUUGCUGACUCUCAUCUCAUAGAACUCCACAACACAAUGGUGUGA